AUUAGAAAACGAAAGAGAGAGACGCAGGUCCAAUGAGAGCGGGCAGGACGGGUUGGGGCGGGAUGUAGAGAAUUUGGUCACUACGGCGACUCGGGUGGGCCGAACCUUCCAAGCCAGAGAUGUGUCUCCUUUUGGGUGCCACUGGAGUCGGGAAGACUCUGCUGGUGAAGCGGCUACAGAAGCUGAGCUCCCGCGAGGGAAAAAGUGACCUUGGUGACCCACCCCCUACCCAGCCCACGGUGGGUACUGAUCUCACUGACAUCAUGACCCAGAAAAAAAUGACUAUCAGGGAGCUAGGGGGAUGCAUGGGUCCCAUCUGGUCCAGUUAUUAUGGAGAUUGCCGCUGUGUCCUGUUCAUGAUUGAUGCUUCUGACCCCACCCAACUAUCCUUAUCCUGUGUCCAGCUCCUGGGUCUCCUUUCUGCAGAACAGCUAGUCGAUGCAUCUGUCCUGAUCCUCUUCAAUAAGAUUGAUAUGCCCUGUUACAUGACGUUGGAGGAGAUGAAAUCCUUAAUCAGACUCCCAGAUAUCAUUGCUUGUGCCAAGCAAUGCAUCACUACAGCAGAAAUCAGUGCCCGGGAUGGCACUGGUUUGGCAGGUGUCCUUCGCUGGCUCCAAGACACCCACAAAGCCAACAGCUGAUUGAAGGAUGAAUAUAAAUAACAUUUCUUUGAGAGACAGAAAGACAGGAGAAUGUGUGGACUGUAGGACUUUGUCCUCAGGACAGAAAGACCCAGGCUGAACUACCAGAAGAUGAUUAGGGUGGCCUAAUCUCAGCUGGAUGAGUUAGCAGGCAAAUGGAGGCUGUUUACAAGGCUUGAAAAUCUCUGGUAGCUUCAGCUGGUAACUGAAGAGGCUAGCCACGCUCUGAGAAGAUGUUUUGGGCAGAUGGGUUACCCCUUGGAAAAGUCUUUUAGUAUUCCUAAUGCUGCUUUUGGAAGAUUACACAACAUCUCAGCCUUUUUCUCCAGUGCAGUUUGCUGGCCCCUUUCUAGGCCUGAUAAAUCCUCCCAUCCCUACCCCAUAAACAUAAGACAGUCACCUGGAUUUUGGCUUAUUGAUAAUUAUCUGGGCUUUACUUUUCUAUCCAAGUGCCAGAGACAUAUACUGUGGAUCUUUCAUCAAGCAGAAAGUGUAAAUUUUCUUAUGGGAAUAAAGCCUAAAUUUUAAAAUGAA